AUGACAACAAAUAGAGAGGAGUGUUCUUGUAGAAAGAAACUCGUGCUUCCGCCAAUUUUACCUUGGGAAUCCGGCUCGAACAAAUUCGCUUCACAGAAAGGGGAGAGUCCGUUUGGAGCGACAAGAAACAAUGUACUGAGCCUCGAUCCACCAAAACCAAACUCCGAUCCACCGCCAUUUGUCGACAAUCGACCGAUUCCAAUCUUUGGCGGGCCUCGACCUCACCUCACAAGCACUGUAAUUAAAAUGUUAAGCGUAUUUGAUGUAUUGAAUCUUUUACAUUUCAAGAACAACGAGAAAACUUCGACGAAACGACACAAUUUUUCCCCAACUCCAUCAGAUUCAAUUAACGUCGAGAAAACUUUUAGAACACAAAAUCUAAAGAUUGAGAGCACUAGACUGCGAACGUUGAAUGAGGAAGAAGAAUUAUUGUGCAAGGCAGCGAUUCCCCGUUUUGUUUCCCCAUCAAGUUCAAUCGCAGAAAAACACGAAAAGGAAUUGAAAGAGAAUCACACUCGCCAUCGAAGCACAUGGAAUGGAGACUAUUCAGUGAUUGGAUCAGAAGAGAGACAAAGAUAUUUGGCGUGGAUUGGAGGACAGCUGACAACCGUUCGUCCGAUUGGACAACCCAAUCCAUCGAAGAAUCAAACAUAUUACGAGAGGUUGAUGUUCGAAAGAGAUCAGCAAGUCCGACCAGAGGUCCUUUCCGCAAAGCUUGAGGCUUACGCAAAUCCUUUGAAUUCA